GCUUUAAAAAUAAAAGAAACAGAAGAGGGGGGGGGGGGGUAUUGUUAGGGAUGGAGUUCAGCGGUCAAGGAAAAGGAGGAAGGAUUGAUAAAGACUAAAACAAAAUUGUGACCUUUUUUUGAAUUUGUGAUGUAUCUUGGGACACAAUUUGAAGUGCGAAUGAAACAUUUAUAGUAUUAUAGUAUGAUAUUCAAAAGUUAAAAGCAAAAAAACGCAGCAUCAAGAGGACAAGCAACAGCAGAGAGUGAUUGGAAAAACUCAACACGUUGCAACAAAAACAAACCAGAGAGACAACGUGGGUUUAAAAUAGAUGUUGCUAAUAGUUCCUCGCCUUAUUCAGAGUCAAAGGGGAAGCUGUUAGAAAUGUGAAACUUGAGUGCAGCUGUUUUAAUCGGCUCCGUCAAUGUGAGGAGCAAAUAGACACGCUGGUGUCUGUGCAGAGCAAAUCCUCGAAGGCCUGAUUCUAACACUGAAGACUUUUGGAAUUUGUAAAUAAUUCUCUCUCUCUGUCUCUGUCUGCAGGCCGGUGGGAACACCGUUUGAAGACGGAACGUUUAAGCUGCUGAUAGAGUUUUCAGAGGAGUACCCAAACAAGCCUCCCACAGUUCGGUUUGUCUCCAGAAUGUUUCACCCAAAUGUUUACGCAGAUGGCAGUAUAUGUUUAGACAUCCUUCAGAACCGCUGGAGCCCCACGUACGACGUGUCGUCCAUACUCACCUCCAUCCAGUCGUUGCUGGAUGAGCCAAACCCGAACAGCCCGGCCAACAGUCAGGCCGCUCAGCUCUAUCAGGAAAACAAGAGGGAGUACGAGAAGAGGGUGACGGCCAUCGUGGAGCAGAGCUGGGUGGACGUGUGAGCUCCUCCUCCUCCUCUUCAUCAUCAUCAUCACAGUACUCCAGUCUUUCAUUUAUACCUCAUCAAGAAAGAAUAAAAAAACAGCAACUAUAUCAGAAGAACUCAAGUGCCACCCUGAAUACAAACACAAACACCAGAAUGGACAUUAACACGCUUGCCAAUACAUUUGAGGAAGACGAGGAAGGGUAAAUAAAUCUUAUAUUUGUGUUUCUUGUCCUUAAUUUUACUUUUUGUUUUAUUGCAUGAUGUGAAAUAAGUUAUUGCUAACAGAAUUUGUAAUAUAUCUUUGUGGAUUGAUGCAGUUAGAGGUUUGAGUUUUACACUUUUUGUUUGUUUUACCUUUUGGAAGUUUUCCUUUUUUUUGUUGUUGUAACGUCUGCUGGUGUGCACACAACUCGGCUUUUAGGAAAGAUGACCGAAUCAGCAUAUUUCGAAGAGUAACAAUCCAAAAAAAAAAGCCUUUCAGAGUCGGAUCCAUCGCAGCUCAUCAGGAACAACCGGCUCUGUUCCAGCAUAUCUCUGAUAUUUUAGGAGACGCCGUCGGUUCGAGGCUCACAGACGUCACAGGAUCGGCCGCUCUGAGCUUUAUAUUCCGCUCAUCAGGUAGACGAGUACAUUAGAGAGAUGAAAGUAAACAUCAACACCACGAGUCCCGGCUGAGCCCAGGAGACAGGCAGACAUAAUCCUGAAGUCUGCUCAGUGAGUCUUCCUGUUGUCCUCUGUGUCCGAGUGUCUCUUUUCUUAAUUGUUAUCAAAACCAGAGGCGCUCAGGAGUCUCCACAGCGCUUUAGGAUGUUCUUGAAUGGUGGUGCUGCUAUAUCAUGUUUAAACGACAGCAGUGUUCUCGGUUCCAUUCUGCUCACUUUCUAUAAGAGCUUUAUCGGUUGUCAUAGCUCAUAAUGUAUCUUGGCGAGUAGAAAGAAGAUGAAUGUAGAACUACAUCCGCUGCAGAAAGUAAACCCGUCAGUGUUUUUGAUCUCUCUUAAAAUGACACAUUUGACAUUUUAAAUUUAGCGAAUGAGCAGAAGAUGAAAGCAGCGCCGUCUCGAUGAAAACAUUUAAGAGGAUGGACUGCGGUUUGAAUCAACCGUUCCCUCCAAAAGCCUCAAGUUGUCUUCACGCCUGUGUUUUGUCUCUUAUUUUAUUUUGUUUGUGAAACCCAAUUUAAAAAAAGACUCGUUGAGUAUAUUAACUCCAGAUAAAGAAUCCACAGAAGAUGGUCGUCAUAAAACAGAGUUCUCGCAAUUUAUUUCACCCAAAAAACAAACACAGAAGGGAUAUGUUACGAAGAUUUUGUGAAUUAAACGAAAAAAAUGUAUACUUAUAACAAUAUGCUGUAUAAACAUAAUAAAAGACAUUUUUCAGAGUUUGA